GGUCACAACUGCCAUAGUACAAUGAUGGCUAUGUGUGUGCCGCAAAAAGUCAACCUCAAAAGACCACCAAUCUACAAUGACCCCAAAUACCAAGAAUCAAAACAAUUUAUGGUCGUGGACCUCAGCCCUGACUAAAUAUCUUGAAGAGCGCCACAGCAAGUGUCUAGGACCGAUUGGUGGAAUCAACCCUUGAUAGAGCAAAGACCAUUACGCGAACUAACGAGGACGAGGCUGAUCCGGAUUAUUCAUGUCUCAUCCAUCCCAAUUCUUAUUCUUAUACCCUCAUGUCACCAUUCAAUUGUUUAAUUCAUGUGGUUGAAUUGGGUAUAUGAAGUCUAUGAGCAUUUAAUUCUGGCUGAUCAAGCAUCCCCACUUUUUGUUCAUUGCUAUCGCAUUUUCAUAUUCUAUUCCGACAAAACUGUACAUAUAUUAUGUAUUUAUAUCUGUGUAUAUCUGUCCAGGUUAUUUAUCAAAGUAUUUAGUGAUUUUAUUGGCGGUUAUUUCAAGCUAUGUCAUCAUACUGUUGCAUUUGUU